AUGGACUGGUGGGAUUACGAUCCUGAUCUAUCGGCAAAAGCAAAGCCAGAGAGUACUGUCCUGCUACAGUGUGCUAUCAGGGCUUUCACUUCUGUUGUGAGCCGACCGAAACUAUCGACUGUCCAAGCAGGACUUCUGCUUUUGCAGAGGUCACGAGGCGGCUCGUGGGUCAUGACCGGCCAGGUGCUUGCUGUGGCUGAGGAGCUCGGCCUGCACCUGGAUUGCUCUCUCUGGACCAUUCCCGAGUGGGAGAAGGGCCUGCGCCGAAGAUUGGCUUGGGCAGUGAUAAUGCAGGAUCUCUGGGGGGCUUUCUUAUAUGGGCGUCCCUCACACGUGAGUCUGCAGAACUGGCAGGCGAAUCGUGUGACGCUACAUGACUUUCCUGAGACGGCGGCCGAUCAAGAUGAUAAGGACGGCAGUACAGAGGUCGAGAAAGGCCGCCAACUCUUCAUUCAUCUGGCGGCUCUGACUGAAAUCCUGUCCGAGGUCUUGAAAUUCUGCACACAAGUGGACCUGCAACCAGACAUCCAGCUUGAGGAUGUCCUUCAGCUCGCAAAGCCGCUUGUUAUGCAAAUGCGGGAUUGGAAAGCGAACAUGCCUGCCGGCCUGGACAUUGACGACCUGACACCACGAAAACUCUGCUCGAACGGCUACCUACAUCUUUCAUUCUUCGCUCUCCAGAUUCUCGUACAUCGCCGCAUCGUUAGAUCAAUACAGCCACAUUCGAGUCGAAACGUUGUCAGUCUAUGUCGCGAUGCUGCCAAAGCUCGACUGGACCACGCCGUUGCUUUCAUCGCCCAAUUACGUCCAGAGCACUUACAUGCGUUCUGGUGGUUCGCGGCUGUGGAAAGUGUCGUGCUUAUCGGUACGUUCGCUGCAUCCCUAUGGUCUUCGAGCGCCGUGCCUGAGGAGGCCGACUUGCUUAAGACAAAGCUGGAAGAGUUCAAAUGGGAUCUGAAAAUCCGGUCAAAAGGUGUCAAUUUUGUAACAGCAGCUGUUCAAGAACUGGAUAGAAGUCUUCCUCCCCUGGACAGUAUCAACAAAAGCUACAAAAUUGGCGGCACUAAUUACCCCGAGGAUGGCCAGAGUUCGUAUGCAUCUCCUGGCCUAGGUCAAGAGACGCCCGGUCAAUUCGAGUUUGACUUCGGCGCUUUUGAUGAUGCAUUUACACCUUUCUCCAUUGGCCAAGAAUCCGGGUUUGCAUCGUUCCCAAGCAAAACAUUCUCCAAAGAUGACGGGUGA